AUGCGUAAUAGCUGCGCGGGAAACCCAAAAUGGCGGCCGAGAGACUCGCCAAGAGAUAAUGUCAACAAAUCAACGUUUUUUAGGUUUUCCAUCAUCUAUUUAGACUCGACAAACUCUGAUAAGAUGAGUCAGGGAAAGAGGUUUGUGCGGGCAUUAUCGAGAAUUGGUUAUCCUAAAGCUGAAGAGUUCGAAGGUGACAGUCUUGAGUGGUUGUUCGACUGUGAAUCACUUGUGCCUUUUCUGGAAUGGUUUUGUGAAAAUAUACACGAAACUAAUGUGCUAUCACAAGAGGAUUUAAACAGGUAUAUAUGAAACAAUUUAGACUCAGGAAAUUUAUAAUUGCUACGCCACUGAGANGUUGUUCGACUGUGAAUCACUUGUGCCUUUUCUGGAAUGGUUUUGUGAAAAUAUACACGAAACUAAUGUGCUAUCACAAGAGGAUUUAAACAGGUAUAUAUGAAACAAUUUAGACUCAGGAAAUUUAUAAUUGCUACGCCACUGAGAAAGUACUCUAGAGUUUUCAGUUUGUAUACUUGUGUAUUCAAACGAGUUCAUAGAUCUCUCUAAGAAGGCCAGAGCAGGUCUUCCCAAAUUUCCCCCAAAAUACUGUAUACCUACACCAAUUGCAAUCACGUUGACAUGCAAAGAAACAAAAACAAAACAGCCAAACGAUAAUAAGUAAGCCAUAAAAAUUACAUUUCUUGAUAACACUGAAAGCACGGGCAUUUCACUUUUUUAAAAAAUUUUGGUCAAAUUCCGCGGGAUAUGUAAGUUGGCAGGUUAGAUGGUCAAAUGCCCCACUGGCCUCUAAAGUCUUGGAAAGUUGUCUCGGAAAGGUUUGUUCAUUAAAUUUAAAUGAAAUUAUUCAUUCCAGAAAGUCCACAUUUAACAGGCUUUUCCAAAGGCUCUCAAAUGAUCGUCUCAAACAAGACAGUGAAAUAGAGGAGCAAUGACCAGUAAAUGCGGUGCACAUGCUGAAUGUGGAAAGAAUUACAAAAUCCUUCCGUGGCGGCCUUAUUUUGGAUCAAAUUCCCCACUGUAUGGAGCAAAACUCCUGUCAAAUGCCCAGGGUAUACCCUAGGGGAGGAUAAGUGGUUUUGGAAUUGACUGGUACAUACUGAAUUUGACAUCAAUUAACAUGAGAAAAAUUGGCCACCCUUUGUUUAAAAAUGUAAUUUAAUGUUAAUUUCUUUGUCUGUGAUAGCCUUCCUCGGAGAUUCCAUGUCAAAUUAUUUUUUGUCAUCACCUUUAGUAACUCAACCUUGUACUUUGCUUGUAGAUUUGAUGAACUUUGUUCAUCAGGAGCUUCAAUUCUUGAAGUAAGUAACUUGACGUACUGAAGUUACUUUAUUAAUAUAGAAAUAAUCUAGAGAUCAUUACACUGUAGAUGAAAAUAAUUCCUUUAAAAACAAACAAUAGUAAUAUAAACCUUUUAAUAUUAUUCCUUUUAUCUUCUUCAGCUCAAAAUAAGUUUCUGGGUUAAUUCUCAACUACCUUUUUCUCCUACCCUAAUUCUGAGGCAAAGAAAACAGAGAAUCAACCAAAGUUAAAAAAUUAAUUUAAUUCUGCCUAGUAACAGUCAUAUCCGCCUGCUAAUUCUCCACACUGUUCUCCAUACCUUUCCUAUCGCAGGGUUGUAUGUGUUUCCCAGGUUAGAAAACACAUAUCACUAGGGAUAUGUGUUUCCAAGGUAGGGGAACACAUAUCACUAGGGAUAUGUGUUUCCCAGAUGGGGGAACACAUAUUACUAGGGAUAUGCGUUUCCCAGGAGGGGGAACACAUAUCACGAGGGAUAUGUUUUUCCCAGGAGGGGGAACAAAUAUCACUAGGGAUAUGUGUUUCCCAGGUGGGGGAACACAUAUCACUAGGGAUAUGUGUUUCCCAGGUGGGGGAACACAUAUCACCAGGGAUAUGUGUUUCCCAGGUGGGGGGAACACAUAUCUUUAGGGAUAUGUGUUUCCCAGGUGGGGGAACACACAUCACUAGGGAUAGGUGUUUCCCAGGUUGGGGAACACAUAUCACUAGGAAUAUGUGUUUCCCAGGUGGGGGAACACAUAUCACUAGGGAUAUGUGUUUCCCAGGUGGGGGAACACACAUCACUAGGGAUAUGUGUUUUCCAGGUGUGGGAACACAUAACACUAGGGAUAUGUGUUUCCCGGGUGGGGGAACACAUAUUACUAGGGAGAUGUGUUUCCCAGUUGGGGGAACACAUAUCACUAGAGAUAUGUGUUUUCUAGGUGGGGAACACAUAUCACUGGGGAUGUUUUAGGGAACCCUAAACCAAAAACCUUAAAGUAGCUGGUGAUAGCGCCAUUUGCUGGUGCAUUUUGACAACCCUGCGAUUGUACUAGUAAGGAGAAUAUAUUCAACAAUCAAUACCUUUUUCAGUCACUGAUCAUUUCCGUUUGUCAUACAAACUAUUGAUGCUUGACUGAGUAGUGUGACAGUAAGGAGAAGUAAAAUGCUGCUCACUCUUGAAGUAUUUAAAAGCUGGCACAUUCUUUCAAUCUCUUGCCAGAAUGUUAUGGGGACACAAUUAAUAUUUUAGUAAUGAUAUUAUUGUGUUGUUUAUUAAAACGUUUGUUUACUGCAGAAUGAACAAAUUGACAAGACUCUCUCUGUGUUGUUACAAGACGACGAACAGUUUUCAAACGAAACUCUGAGGUAUAAAUUUGGGAAAAAUCAUUUGAUUAGUAAAGUAAAAGUCAAAUUUAUAGGUUUAGCACCUGGUGAACACUCAAAAAAUUAAUUUCAUGGCCAGGCUUGUCUACAUUUAUCUACAUGGUUAUAUGAACAGUACAUGUUUUAACAACUUAAAAAACCUUUCAGCAUAACAAAACAUCUUCUUUCUACUGCCAAAGUUUUACAAACAGGUUCGAGUCUAAUGUUGAUGUUGCAUUACAGGUAAAAACUAUUCAAAAGUUAUUAUUUCUUCAUUUUUUUCCCCUGUGCUCUAAAGCCUUGAAAACAUCUUUCUUUCACAGAAAUGAGGUCAGCUCCCUGCAGACAGAGGUGCAGCUGAUACAGCAAAGACUCCAAAAAAUUGUUUCACAGAGGAACAAAUUGAGGUACAUGUACAGAGAAAGCGAUUGUUCUGGCAGUAAUCAAACUACUAUAGUUAUUUUAUACCUUAUUAAACUCAUCCCCAAUAAUAAUAUUGAUGGAAUUACAAUCUGGUACUUUGAAAACUAGCGGUAGAGGCCUGAUUUGGGAAACAACCUUAGCAGCCCACACAGGACAGUAUGCCUCUGGUGCAUAUUUUUUGUGAUACCAGUCAGGAAUGGUCCCUUACCUGCUGAGCUAAAAUUCAGGGAAAACACCCUAGCAGAAAGCAAGACACAAUCUAGACCAGCUGUUCACUUGUAAAUGUGGGUGAAAACACUGGCAGCCUUUACAAAUAUGGGAACAUUUUAAAAAUUUUAGAUCUUUUACUGUAAAAGAUCCAAGAGGGCAGAUUUAAAAGAGAAUUACAUUCGUUUGUAUUGUGGUAAAAAUUCAGAGCUGUUUUUGUCAUUUCUUGUAGCCUCCAUCAUGCUGGCAUAACUCACAGGCUUUCAAAACUAGGUUCUGUGGUUCAGGAAAACAAACAAAAAUACAAAGCCAUUCUUGAAACCAGCCAAGCUGACAACACACAGGUACUGUGUGAAUAAAUUUACAUCUAUUCAAGUAUUGUGCAUUCCAAGUUGAAUCGAAUUGAAUUUCAAAUCCUAUUAAAUCUGUGUGUAUUGUAUUUUCUCCGUAAACUAAAUAUCAUCGUCAUUAUUGUCUUUAUCAUCACCAUCAUCUUCUUUAUUAUCAGUAUCACCUUUUGACCAUUAUUAUCAAUAAUAAAAUCAUUACAUGAUGUUCAUGUUAUGUUUGUUUCAGAUGAAUUCUGCAUUAGAGAAGUUAGAGCAGUCUGUCUCUGAAAUGACAGCAUUAUACUCUGGACAAGAAGGUACAUGUAUAUCUGUUGUAAGUAAAAUCCUUCCUUAGUGUCAAUGUAGGUGUUCAACCUUGUCGGAUUCAGAAUACCCUUUGUUUCCUCAUCCUAUUUAUUCAUAGGAGACAAAGGGAAAUUCUGGAUUAUCCUUAAAAUAUACAGUGUAUAUUCAUGUAACCUACAACAUAUCAUGCUAGUGCAAUUUUUAAAUUAAAUUAAUUUUACAGCCAAGGGUAGUUUUCUUUCUAAUUAUCUUGCAAUGUGUUAGGAAAUGAAAUGCAAAUAAUCCUUAAUAUUAAUUUUUUCACUCCUUGAGCUAUAGCAGACAACAGUUACUGUGCCUUCAGCCCAACAGGCCACGAGUACAGGGACAAACCCGAUCAGGCACAUACUCACUUGUACAAUAUUUUUCUCCUUGCUUCAACUAUUUCAUGGCCUGUUCACUUAAGGGAGUGAGGUGCUCACAUACACCAUUCUUCUCGUUAUUGUUAUGACUGCUUGAACAUCUUUUGCUACAUGACAAUGAUAGUUAUAUUAUGACACCUCUGUAGGUUCUCCUUACUCUGUGACAUUUUUAUCACAACUGUCCUAUGACAAUUACUAUGAAUCUGAGGAACGAUUCACCGGAGAACUUACCGCUUACACAAGGAAACAGUUCUUUGAGGUAUGACUUGAUAGUUAGUGUUAAAAGCGCAACUACAUGUAUUAACUUUUUCCAAUAAGACCAUGGCAGAUACUAGUAACAAACAAGUACGAAAUGCUGAGGGAACCCUCCAUUAGAAUAAUGGAGCCCUUCUAGGUGGGAUUAGGGAUUCUUAAACUGGUUUAAUGUUGAGUUAUAAACACUUGAAGCUAAAAUAAAGGGUUUUACCGUUGCUAUGCGUGCAGGCCCAACACAAUGAAAUUUAAAGGAGUUUCUUACUUCCCACAUCAUGGGCUAAUUAUGUAUUCAUGCAAUGAGAAUAAUGAUGAUAGACCUGUACAGGGGAACCUCGAUAACGAAGGGCCAAGGGACUGGCAAACUUUGUUCGCUAUAAUGAAGUUUUGUUAUAUCGAGGUUCUUUUUCACUGUAUUUUACUAUUAUUGGGACAAAGAAAAUCAUCUGUUAAGCCGAGGACUUCAUUAUAGAGGUUUGUUAUAUCGAGUUUACGUUGUACACCACAGUAGCCACUGGAUCACUGGAUCUUAAGAAGAACAUCAGCCAAUGAUAUGCAACAUAACUUUUUCAUACAUGUAGGGUAUAGCAGAGAUGGCUGGUAGAGAGGAAAAAUCAAGAUAUGAGUUACUGGAAAUCAGUGAUCCCUCAACACUUCUAGUUAGAGGUGAGAACAAAAAUUAGCAUAAACAUUACCCUUACAUCAUAUCAAUGUCCAAUCAAUCUAAAUGGCGAUUAAAAUGGUCAAGGAAAUAAUCACAUCUCCACAAGAAUGAGGCACUUUUUUGAACCACUUGCAUCAAGUAUGGCACUGAAAACUGUUACAGUUGUCUGCUUAUUGAAGCAUACGUUAACAGAGGUUCAACUUUUCUCAUUUAUUAGGGGAAAACAAUGAAGUCAACUUCAAUGACUGUCAAGAACUUGCAAGACUACAAACUGUGUAAGUGAAUUCUUUGAUUUUAUAUCAUCUUUAAAAGUAUACAGCUAAAUCAACAGUACACAAUGCAACCUUGUUUCUAUGAAUCACUGACUCCGGCAGUGAAAGUGUUAAAUGAACGUGAGUUAUUUAUUUACCUAUUAUUGUGUGUUUGUUCAACACUAGGUGAACACAUGCUUUUUGUUGGAAUCCUGUAAAAUUCCUGGGUGUCCUGUGUAACCAACUUAAAAAACUUUCAGGGUUUUUUUCUUGCUUUACUAUGUAUUAAUUCUACACUAUCUUUAACAAUGUUCUUUAGAAAGGUGCAGAUUUACACGAUGUAGCUCUUGCUGGUUUUACACCUCUUUACGUGAAUGCCUUAAUAAGCUAUUAUAACCUUGCAGUUAUGCUUCAAGUGAAAGUAAAAGAAUUCAUAACAUGGCUGCCGCAAUGGGAGUAAGCACAGCGCUCAAAGCAGCAGAGGAAAGAUUGAAAAGUUUAUCAUGGGAGACAAGCCCUCUAAGCACUGAGAAACUAAGGUGAUAAUGAAAUAUAUCAUACAUAAAGUGGAGUGUGCGCACAAUGUCAGUUAAUCAGACAGGGAUAAUAAUUGGGCAAAAAAGACUGGUGAGAGACCUAACAUACCCCCUAUACAAAUAUCUUCUUGUAAGACUUUAAUUUCUGUGAUAUUAUUUUUACAGUGAUGGGAACAAUGAUGUAACUGGUUAUGGCUGCACUCAAAAAAAAUAUUUUGUUCAANUACGUGAAUGCCUUAAUAAGCUAUUAUAACCUUGCAGUUAUGCUUCAAGUGAAAGUAAAAGAAUUCAUAACAUGGCUGCCGCAAUGGGAGUAAGCACAGCGCUCAAAGCAGCAGAGGAAAGAUUGAAAAGUUUAUCAUGGGAGACAAGCCCUCUAAGCACUGAGAAACUAAGGUGAUAAUGAAAUAUAUCAUACAUAAAGUGGAGUGUGCGCACAAUGUCAGUUAAUCAGACAGGGAUAAUAAUUGGGCAAAAAAGACUGGUGAGAGACCUAACAUACCCCCUAUACAAAUAUCUUCUUGUAAGACUUUAAUUUCUGUGAUAUUAUUUUUACAGUGAUGGGAACAAUGAUGUAACUGGUUAUGGCUGCACUCAAAAAAAAUAUUUUGUUCAAUUGUUCAAGUGCUUUUAGACAGUUGCUUUUAAUUGGUUUUAAGCUUUUCAUGUGACGACAAAAAAUAUUGAUCUGCUGGCCACCCUAAAAGUGAUUUCUUUUUUUUCAUUGUUAUUUUGAUUAGUGCCAAACUGCUUGAAGUUCAAAAGGCUCUUUCUCAAGUCAAAAUGGAGAUAGGGGAACUUUCUGAGCAGGUGCUGCCUGGGCUGGUACAGGAGCUGGGAGAGCUACAAGCCACAAGUAUCCUUAAAGGGGACUAUGAACUGAAGAUAGCAAGACAGGAUUACUUCACAUCCAAGCAAGAUCAGGUAUCUGGGCAAAACAUCUGAAGAAAUAGUUGUAGAGUAGCGGGGGUGUAAUUGGGGAGGGGGGGUAGUGUGGCUGGAAAGGGAAGAGGACAGAGGAUCUAGGAUAAACAAAGGAAGAAAAGUGUUGAAUUAUUACAGCACAGAGAGGCUGUAGCUGAUGAUAAGAAAGAAGAAGUAGUGUUUGUGAGAAGCAGGAAGACUCCCCUUUUAGGCAAAAAUGAUAGUUUGUCUAAAAACCUUUUAUUAUUUUUUCUUUAGGUUAUCACUCAACUUUUGCUUCAGCGUUCCCGUCAUGAGUUUCUUUCGAUGGCUCUUGAAGUUGAAGGCCGUAAAAAUCGCAACACUCACCGUUUAUUCAGCACUUUAGAGAGCACACUUGAGGACUCAGUCAAGGGACUUGAAUCUCGCUAUGUAUCCUGCUAUCAUCAUUCACUCAUUACUCGACAUUAUCCGCUAACCCUGUUACUGUAUUAGCACACUGUUUAGAAACAAUACCACUACAUUAUAAUAUUGUCGUAAGUCAUUGCAGAUUUUGGUAGGUCAAAAUGUAAGCUUACUCUACUAUGCAGCCGCUAUUUUGUCUUCACGCAACGCUCUUCCCCUCUUCCUCUGGUGAGGAAUGUUGUAUAACUACACAAAAAACGGCUCUGGCAAAUUUAGCCUGAAGAAACGGCCGACAUUUCACGACCCAACUACUGGUUUCCCCGCCGAAUGACGUCUGUGGAACGGGCGCAGAAAUUCCAUACUGAUGACGUGGCAUUACUCCGACCUGGCUAGUGCUUUUGAUUGGUUGUGCCGCAAGAGAAAUUUGCUUCAACCAAUCAGAAGCACUACCCAGAGUUGGGAAGUGACACGUCAUUAGUAUAAAAUUUCUGCAGUCUUUCGUCAGACGUCAUUUCACUAGGAAACCAGUGGUGGCAUCGUCAAAUGUCGGCUCUUUUCUCAGGCUCCGAUAAAUUAAGCAUGCGAUGAAUCAGCCUUUACUCUAAGCGGUUUGCAUAGUCGAUACAUUUACAGAUUAAUGAAGAAGCGCUAAUGUUAGCUUAAAUACAGUUAACUUUGCUCAAGUACGUGGGAUCUAACUACAACCAACUUUAAACGUAUCAGGAAGGACUUUUUCUUAACUCAUCUCAGGCAGUGAUGGAUGAAUAUGCUGCUCAACCACCCCACCCCUCCAGGGGAACUAUUGAUAGCCGAGAUCACUUCAUGGAAAGACUCUACCGCGUACUUGAAAGCUCGCCCAAGGGGGAGGUAGAUGGGACAAAAGAAAUUUUCUUGGCUUUCAGUCAGUUAGUGGAAUGGAGUCAGAAGCUAGCAGCUCAGCUCGAGUCCUUGACGCAGUCCCUGUCUUCCUCGGGCAGCAAACAGGAGGAGGCUUGGAAACAACUGUACGUUAAUUUAAAUUUGCUCCUUUUAUUCUCUCUAGAUUGCAUGUAAAUACAUGUAUCAGGUGCUGGCACGAUGCGCAGCGUGAUCACGUGGCCGCAUGUUUAAAUCCCAUUCCAAGAACACAUUGUUUAGAAGUGUUAUUUCUAUAGAGCAUAUUUUUCUACUGACUGUAGAUUUUGGACUGCUUCUUGGAUUGCUAUAUCCAUUCUUUUUCUCUUGUUUUAGAGAGCAUAACCUUCAGCAGUGUGCGAAGACAGUUUAUGGGGAAUCUACAACAACAAGAGGUCUACCACAACUAAGUCCCCAGGUUUGUUUACAUUCUAAGAAGACGAAAACGACUACGAGUACGAGAUUUUCAUUCAAUACUAAAUAAAGUUGAACCUCUCCACAACGAUCACCUUAGGGAGGGACAGAAGAAAGUGAUCAUUGUAGAAAGGUGGCCAUUGUAGAGAGGUUUAAACAAGAGUCGAUGUAUGGACUAUCCGCCAAAAAAAGUGGUCGUUGCGGAGAGAUGACAGUUAGUGGAGAUUCGACUGCAGUACCAGCGUCAUUUUGGCGGGGAAACGUGAUAGCCGUCGUCAUUCUGCUACGAGUUUAAGCGAGAAUGUCGUAGUGGAGGCAACAAGUCAUCAAACAUGAGAAGUUUUAUCAUUUUGCGAUCGGGAGAGGGCUUAGCCUCCUUCAAUAAAAAUUAACCUUUUUAAACUUUUCUGGUGUUAAUAGUAAAAUGGAGCUUGCCGGGGAGUACAGUUUUUUAUCAAUACGCGAAUAAACCUUUCGAUCAAAUCUCGUACUCGCAGUGGUUCUCGUUAGUGGCGAUUCGACUGAAGUGCCAGCGUCGUUUUGGCGGGAAAACGUGAUAGCCGUCGUCAUUCUACGACGAGUUUAAGCGAGAAUGUAGUAGUCUCGUCCUCCAAAACACCCACCAAUCCAAGAUCCUUACUUAAACAGUGCGGUGCGCAUGGGUAACCCAGUAUGUAUCGUACCAGUGGCUAUUUAUAAGUGUUGUUGUGGUGGGCGGCGGGGGGAGGUUGGGGGAGGGGGGUUAAAUGAUACCAGUCGAGCUCGCUUCCUCCUAUAUUCAUCGAUAGAUUUAAUGCUUAUUUAUUUGUUUAUCUAUUAUAUUAUAGUGUAUAGCGGAUGGCCUUAGGCAGUUGGAUGAACUUCUUGUAACACUGGAACAGUCCAUAAAAGACAUCAUAAAAGACUGCGAGUCCAAGAAGAAGGUAUACAAGUAAUGCUGCUACAGAGUUUUGGUUUGUGGUAAGUGGUAUUAUUUUCUUCUUGUUGCCUUACACCAGUUUUAUUUUAUUUUAUUCUCCAGGUGCUCCGAUCGGAUAGCUUAAAACUCAUGGAAAGGGAACUGUUUGUAUAUUUUUUCACGGAUCCUCCUCGUCUUAAACGAGCCAUAGCUGAGUUAGCAGGCAGGGUUGACGCCCAUCUUGUAUCAUUAAAGUGA